AUGCCAGCGGUGUCGCAGCAUGUGCCAUCAUCCACCCUCCCCCCCACCAGCACCAACACCAACACCAAUGCAUACCGCCCAUCCGCAUCCGACGCACUCGACACCUUCGAGCCCGACGCCGCAUGGGUCGACGAGAUGCGCAAGAAGAUCGAGGAGAGCCUGCACUCCAUGGUCCUCGACGCACAGCAGAACAUGGAGGCGCAGCUCAUGCGCACGGUCGUCUCAAUCGACGAGCGGAAUAGGAUCAAGAACGAGUAUUUCGCUGCCAUGCACAAUGUCAAAGCUAUCGCGACCGAUGCGCUCCGUGCCGAAGUCGCAGAGGAGAGGAAACGCCGUAAAAAGCAAGCGGAGAUUGAGAAUUUGAGCAAGACAUUUAUCAAGCAGCCCGCGCAGAGCAUCGACGGUUUGGCCAUCGAGAGCCCGACGGACUUUCGCGUCGGCUCGGUUCCCAUCAGCGAUCCCCUCCCACCUCCCCAUGCUCAUGCUCAUACGCAUACGUAUGCCCCGCUCCAAUCACACACACCGCCAAUUCCGCACAUCCACGAUGAGCACGAGCGGAGCUCGCCCCGCCCGCGCGCCUCUGUUUCUGCAUCUGCCUCGGCCUCGGCCUCUGCAUCUGCAUCCGCCUCUGCGCGGCGCACGUCGACAUCGGAUGUAAAGAGCACGAGCACAUCCACAUCUACCGCAUCACCCCGCGAUCGCGAUCUUCCUCCCGACCCCGCUGCGCCCCCAUCUCGCCGGCACAGCACCACCACCAAACACGCACACGCACAUGGACACGGACACGGGCAAGCACGCGGGUACGGGCAAACACCCGCACCCGCACACGCACACGCACAGGAGGACGCUGACGAGCCCGACGUGAUGGCUUACCACCACCUCCCUCCGCCAGCCCCGCCGGCGGCGCCAAGGAGCCACCGCAACUCCAUCGACCGCCCUGCGUUCCCGCCCCCGCCCCCGCCCCCGCCGUUCGCGAUGGCCGAUCGGACGGCUGAAGGGGGAUCAGGGGUAUCAUCGCCAUCACCAUCAGCGGGGGCGGGGCACGGGCACGGGCACGGCGCAUCGCUUCGGCGCUCGUCUGGCUCGAUCCGGUCUGGUUCGGAGCGGGGUAGUGCCGCUCCUGCUCCUGCUCCUGCAUCUGGUUCUGGUUCUGUAGCGGAUAUGGUGUGGAAGCCGACGAUCAGCGUCAGUGCGGGUGAGGAGAGCGGAUCGGGUACGGGGAGUGCUGCGUCCAAGUAUGCGCACGGGCACAGGGACAGGGACAGAGAACACCGAGAACUCAGGGAACAGCACAGAGAACUCAGGGAGCUGAGAGAGCAGCACAGGGACCAGCAGCAACAGCAACAAGUAGGCCGGCGCGGGAGCUCCGCGAGUCUCACGAGCCUCACGAGCUUGACGAGCCUGACGAGUCUGACGAGUAUGCGCUCGACGGGGUCGAGCGUGGGUGUGGGUGUGCGCCCGUCGAUUUCGGAGACUAUUCCGGAGAGGGUUGAUGGGUUUGAGGGCGAGGGCGAGGGCGAGGGGGAAGGUGAUCUUGAGGGCGGGGGUGAUGGAGCUGGAGUUGGAAGAGGAGGUGGUGAUAAACACGAUAGACGAAGAUCGUCGGAUAAAGCGCCGCGCGACAAAGAUAAAGACAAAGAUAAAGAGAAGCGCGCGAUGAAACGGAGGGAGAGGGAUAGAGAGAGGGAGAGGGAGAGGGAGAGUCGGCGCACGCGCACGCGCACGCCCGAUAUCGAUGUGUCCCAGCUGCCUCCUGCAUCGUCAUCGUCUGCUACGACGACUGCGUCUUCGGCGACGAUGCAGUACGCUACGGCUGCUUCGUCAUCGACAACGUCCAUACCAACCUCUACGUCUACGUCUACGUCUAUGGCUACAGCUACAGGUACAGGUACAUCUAUACCAACAUCUACAUCUACAUCUAUACCAACAUCUACAUCUACAUCUAUACCGACAUCUACAGCUACACCAAUGAGACGCUCAUCCAAAUCAUCCUUUGCCCCUCCUCCUCCUCCACGCUCGCCUUACACCUCUAACGACAUCCCCGACCGCGACCGCGACAGGGAGAGGGAGAGGGAGUACACUGCGCCCAUACCGCCGAGCAGACCUAUGAGCGCGAAAGCGCCGUUUGCCGAAUACGAGUACCCGCACGACUACGAGUAUGCGGUUCAGUAUACACCUGAUUAUCCGCGCGAGCAUUCGCAGGAUUAUCAGCACGAGUAUCAGAACGAGUAUUCGCAAGAUUAUCAACACGAGUAUGAUUAUCCGCAUCAGCAUCCGGCGGUGUCGGUGUCGGUGUCGCGUAAGGCGUCGUUUACGCAUGAUGAGCGGCGGCGCGAGUGGGAGCGCGAGAGGGAUAGUCUCAGGGAGAGGGAGAGGGAUGGUCUGAGGGAUGGUUUGAGAGAGAGGGAUAGUCUGAGGGAGAGAGAUAGUUUGAGGGAACGAGAAAGGGACCGCGAGAGGGAGAGGGAGAGGGAACGCGAGAGAGAUAGGGAAAGGGAGAGGGGGAGGGAAAGAGAGUAUUGGGACGAUGAGCGUGAUCGGGAUAGGGAUCGUGAGCGCUGGGAGCGUGAGCGCGAGAGGGAACGGGAAAGGGAAUAUGUACCCCGCGAACGUGAUGCGCCGUGGGAUCGUGAGCGCGACCCACGAGAACGCGACAGGGAAAGAGAGAUAUACACCGACACACGCUCCUACCCGUACCCAUCCCCGCGCCCUGGAGCCGGACCCGUAUACGGCUCUUCUCCAUCCAACACCAGUGCUGGUGGGCUCAAUGCGCGGAAUGCGCCGUACGCGCAUACGCAUGAGUACGUCCCUCCGCCUGAGCCUGCGUACGAGCGCGAGCGCGAGCACGCAGGGAUGGCGCCGGGGUCGGCGCAGGGUAUGUAUUAUGUCCCGCCUGCGCAGAGUGCGUUUGAGGAGUGGGAUGCUAGGGAUAGCGUUCGGGAGCGGGAUAGGGAUAGGGAUAGGGAUAGCAUUAGAGAGAGAGAAAGGGAUAGAGAAAGAGAAAGAGAACGAGAAAGAGAAGCAGGCCGCCCGAUUCCCAGCCGACAACACUCGUUUACGACCAGGCGAGGAGGAGAUGAUGUAUCUGUAUUGGAUGGAUACAAUAUGCGAUAUGGUAGUGUUGGGAGUAUCAGCAGCGGCGGCGUUGGCGCUACUGCAGGGAGCGCGGGAAGCAACACUGUGCCUAUACCACCUCGCCACCCACCAACAGCAGCAGCAACAAGCAGCACCCUCAACAGCAACAACCAAACGGACGACGGACCACAGCAACCCGCAUGGACGAACUGGAUCAACGAGAGCGGCGCAGCCGCAGUCGCCGGCCUCGCCCGAAGGUCAAGCGACGCGCGCCAUCGCACCGUCUCGGGGGAUACACUGCCUAGUGUUAGUGUUAGUAUCGCCGCCGCCGCUGCUAGUGGUGGCUUUGCGUCGUCAGCACGAUCGCCUCCGCCGCCUACCUCUGCUUCGUCGUCGCAUUCGCAUUCGCACCACCCACAUCCACACGCGUCACCGAGCAAGAAGGCCGCGCAUCGAGCCGGUGCCGCCCCCGCGUCCGCCCCGCACUCGCACGCCCACGCCCACGCCCACGCCCACGCCAAACCUCCCGCACACAGCUACGCCCACGCACGCGGCGGCGGCCCGCGCCCGCGCCCUCGCACCACCGCGCGCGGCGCGCCCAAGCGGCCAGCUGCGGCGUACGACGACGAUAUCGUGUACCCCGGAGAAGCGUUCUACGACACGGAUGAUGUGGCGGUUGCCGUGCCGCCUCCGCCGCUGAGGAGACCGCAUCGCCGGCGGAAGCCUGCUUUGGUUGAGAGUGAUGAUGGGUCUGAAGAGGAUGAGGGUGAAGAUGAGGGUGAAGAUGCGGAUGAGGAGGAUGAGGAGGAUGAUGAUGAGGAAGAGGAGGAGGAAGAGGAGGGGGAGGGGUAUGUACAUGAUGAAGAUGAGGAGGACGAGGAUGAGGAUGAGGAUGAGGAUGAAGACGCGAUGCACGGCGACGACGAAGCUGUGUUCAGAGGUAAACGCGAGGAUGAGCGGUGGCGCUCCGCGCACGAGGCACAGCGUCUCCGCGAGCUGGAAGAGGCGGCGCGGAAGCAGAAGGAGCUCGAGGAGGAAGCGGCGCGGAAGCAGCGGGAGAUCGAGGAGGAGGCGGCGCGCAAGCAGCGGGAGCUCGAGGAGAAGGAGGCCGAGGUGAAGCGCCAGGCGGAGGAGGUGAAGCGGAAGGAGGAGGAGUUGAGGGUGAUUUUGGAGGCUGCGAGGAAGCAGAGGGAGUUGGAGGAGAAGGAGGCGGAGGUGCGCAGGAAGGAAGAGGAGGUGAAGAGGAAGGAGGAGGAGGCGGAGAUGAAGAGGAGGGAGGACGAGCAGAAGGAGGUCGAGCGCGCGCGUAUGGCCGAGGAGCUCAAGCGCCAGAAGGAGGAGGCGGAGAAGAAGGAGGCGGAGGUCCUGCGCUUGUCGGAGGAGGCGAACCGGAAGGCGAAAGAGGCGAAGAAGAAGGAGGCGGAUUUGCGCAAGAAGGAGGCGCAGACGAAGAUUAAGGAGCGCGAGCUCAAGGAGGAGGCGGAGCAGACGCGGAGGUUGCGCGAGCAGGCUGAGCAGGCGACCCGCGCGGCGCAGGAGCGGCUUAGGUUGUUGGAGGAGGAGACGGCGCGGAAGGAGCGCGAGGUGCGUGAGCGCGAGCUUGCUUUGACUCGUCGUGAAGAGGAGCUGAGGCGUCGCGAGGAAGAGGCGCGGCUCAAGCAGGAGGAGGCGCGUUUGAAGGAAGAGGAAGCGCGGCUGAAAGAGGAAGAGGCGCGGCUGAAAGAGGAGGAGACACGCAGGAAGGAAGAGGAGCUCGCCGCGAUGAAACAGCAGGAUGAGCGCAGGCGGCAGCGCGAAGAAGAGCGCAGGAGGGAAAUGCUCAAGACCGAGGAGGAGAAGAACGCGCGUAUCAGGGAGGAGGAGGAGGCUAAGCGUAAAGAGGCGCAGAAGCGCGACGAGCAGAGAAAGGCCGCAGAGGCCCGCAAACGUCUCGAGGAUGAGGAGAAGCGUAAAAAGGCCGAGGAGGAACAGCGCCUGCGCGAUAAUUUUGAGCUCUCGAGCAGCAUUGGCUUUGAUAUUGACGAGACCAUGAUCGAGGAGCAGGCGUACCUCAUGCAGCAGUUGAAGUAUGAGGCGCAGGCUGCGAAGAUCAUAUCCAGCCGCGAGGAGCGCAAGCGCAACGACAGCUUUGGCAACGACGGUCUCUGGUCUUCCUCCUCCUCCUCCCACUUUGUCCCCUCCUCCUCCCCGGGCAACCCCACUUCUGCCUUUCCUCCCAAGAAGCCGAACGGCUCUGCAGCCACCGCACCCACCUCUGCGCGUACGCCGACUACACCCUCUGGAUGGACGACGACGAGCAACAAGCCCUUCUCAACCGCCUCACCCACAUCCGCGCGGUCCACUCCCGGCGCAGGCGCGAUACCAGCCGGUAAACCCAGGACAGGCUCCGUCAGCUCUGGCACAUACCCCGCCACCGCCGCCGCCGCGUCGUCCUCCUCGCCGCACGCAGGCUCAUUCUCCGAGGCGGACCACGCGCGCCGGCAAGCUGAAUUUGCGAAUAGCCAGCAAGAGCGCUUUAGACAGGAACAGGAGAUGCUCGAGACGCGCAGGCAGAUGAAAGCUGCUGGGAAGCCGCAGACGAAGCAGGAGGCGCUGCGCGUGAUGGAUUAUCACGAUACGCUGUGGGCGCGACUGUCCUCUGCCGCUGUAGCUGACACUGGCUCGGGUGCGGGGCUGGGCUGGGCGGAUAUCCCCUGGCCGAUGUGGAAGCCGCCUUCAACACCAGACGACAUCUCCUCGGCACUCAUCAGCGCCUACGUCCUAUCCCCUUACACCAACAAGUCGGGCAAGUCAGCGAAAGACCGUGUGAAAGAGCACAUCAAGCGGUGGCAUCCUGAUAGAUUCGAGACGCAGCAUUUGGUGAGGGUCGCAGAGGGGGAGAGGGAGAAGGUCAAGUUGGGAGCGGGGAAUGUGACGAGGUGUUUGAAUGAUUUGUUGAAGAAGGAGAAUGAGAAUAGUAGUAGUGUUAAUAUAUUUGGAGAUUGA